UUUCGAAUUCAAAACAAGUGAGGAAGACCGACUCCCACUGACCACGACCAAGUUUUUUAUUAACAACAAUCAAUCGCGUUAAAUUCUCAUUUUGCUCGCGAGGAACUUUAGUAACAAUUGAAACGUUCACUGCCACAAUGCUUAACGUUAUUUUAUUACUGGUCGAAGUUACGUUAGCAUAUGCGCUUAUCGAAAAGAACCCUUAUUGUGAACUAGGUUGUGAUUUUGGUGAUGGUGUUCCACUCACUCACACCGUGUGCCAGCGAGGCAUUAACAAAUGCGGGCCCGCCACUGCUUGUGGUCCAAACUUCAAAGUGAUCAGACUGACCGACCAACAGAGACAAAUGAUUUUAAAUAUGCACAACGCCCUCAGGUGUAGGGUGACUCUUGGCAGUGAGAUGCGAGGAAAGCAACCGCCGGCCAAGAAUAUGCGAGUGAUGACCUACGACAGGGAAUUGGAGUUUAUAGCCCAAUGCUGGGCGAACGCCUGUGAGGGUACCGCCUUAAAGCACGACAAGUGCAGAAGAACGCGGAAGCACGAGCACAACGGUCAAAAUUUGGGCUACAUUAACAGUUCGGUUAACAACAUCAACUUUACACUCGCCAUGCAGCAGUUAAUUACGCAUUGGUACGACGAAGUUGCGCUAUUCAACAAUCAAUGGGUGUACGAUACCCGAGACAGAGGCGUAAAGGUGGGACAUUACACUCAGAUGGUUUGGGCCGACACCCAUAAAAUUGGGUGCGCUGCAGUGUACUACACCGUUAACAAACCGGACGGGUCCAAGUGGCACGAGUUUCUAUUCGUGUGCAAUUACGGCCCUGGAGGCAAUUACCUAGGGGAGGCGGUCUACAAGCCCGGAUCCCCAGGGUCGGCUUGUCCCGAUAAGUUGAACUCGAACAAUUCGUGCGGAAUGUGCGGGAAAUUUAUUAAUGUUAUAGAGGGCGAUGGUUAUCGGCCGUUUUUCAAGUUGUAAUAAAUUUAUUGUUUUAAAUAAAGGAGUUACAAAAACA